AUCUUCAAGUUUGACCUUUGUAUCUACAAAAUUGACUACAUCUCCUCUGCGGAAUUCACGAAAUACGUGACCGAGACCUACCCUUCCAAGGCUACGUCCGUAGUAAGAAGAAACGGCAUCCUUCAGUACGGUCACACCGCCAGCAUACCGCCAGCGACUCGCGACUUUAUCAAGAACCAGCUGCAGCAAUCCGAAUGGAUUGUUCCUGAUUACGAUGCUGUUGUGUCGUACUGGAUUCGCGAUCCA